CGAACAACACAUGAAAUGCAAUCCCAAUCCCGUGAAAUAAUAUGUGUAUUCGGUGUUAUAACUGCGCUGCUACGGAUCGGGAAAUCGCCGGAAUUGUAAAACAAGAAUACGAAAGUGAGAAUCGAAAACGGACACACGAUUUACGUGGUUCACUAACACAAUGUGUGUUAGGUAGUUCACGGACAGGAGAGAGUCAGUUUCACUAUAUCGAGUAGAUUACAGAUUAUGAGAUUACAAAGGAAACGGUUACAGACUUACAUCCCUAAUCUCAGCUGAUAGUCCGAUUCAAGUCACAUCAACAUUCGGCAAUACCAAAUAUCGACAUAUUCGGUACAAAAUUCGAUAAUAUCCCAAAUACCGAUAUCAAACUUACAACUCUAAUCUUAGUUAUCAAAACGUUAGAUCUGAACUCAUUAGAGGUUGGCCUCGCUCAUUUCUAUCAUGAUGGAGAUUUCGUGGUAACUUAAUUGUCUCGGGUUCAUAAAUUAGACAUUCGAUCUUGAAAUAAUGUAAGAGGAUUUCAAUCAUAACAAAAAUAAAUCAUCAUAUAUAACAUACUAAUGCAUUAGUGUGUCGUUCUGCUAGGGGUGUCCAUUCGGGUUCGAUUUUUCGGGUUUACCUAAAACCGACCCGAUUAUAUACAUUUUCGAUUUUUCGGGUUCUCCUAAGGCUAGACUUUCUAGUUGGGGAGAAAUUAAGAUGGGCCCAUAUUCGAGGGACCCCCAUCCCGACCGGUUUGUCUCAAUUUCCACUGCUCCAUGUCCCUUAUAACAUGGAGGAAAUUAUGGCAGCUUUCCUCCCCCUUCCUCCCUACUCCUCUCUUCCUACUUGCCCCUCUGCCCUUUCUUCUCCUACUCCUCCUCAUUCCUAGUUCUUGAAGAAAACAAAAUCCAAGAACUUUGCCCAUCGAUCAUCGCACGCCCCCUUCCACUCUAAGCUACCAAAAGCAUAGCCACAAAAGAUUGCCAAAAAGAUAACCCCACUUGCCACUUUUCUCUCCAUCAUUCCAAAUCAUAUCCCAAAGCAAAAGAAAACAGAGCCCAGAACCCAUAAGCUCUUUCUCUUCCGUCGAGUUGGCACCUGAACGAACCAAACCACAAAAUCUAAGUCCAGAGAGAGGGGAUGGAGAUCGAAUCAGUGAGGUGCGAGUGUUGUGGGUUGGAAGAAGACUGCACGCAAGACUACAUCUCUCAAGUCAGAGACACAUUCGACGGUAAAUGGCUAUGCGGGCUGUGCUCAGAAGCCGUUAGAGACGAAGCCAUCAGAGGGAAUACUAACAAUAAAACCAAGAAGUCUGCCGUUGCUUCUUCUGGGAUGAUGGAAGAAGCCGUCAGAGCUCACAUGUCCUUCUGCGGCAAAUUCAAUUCCAAUCCGGCGGUUCGAGUCGCCGACGGUAUGAGGCAGAUGCUCCGGAGGCGCUCUGGGGAGCUUUCUUCUUCUCCCUCUUCCUCUAAGAAGUACUCCAGAUCCGCCAGUACCAAACUUUACUAAGCUGGUGAAAAGAAACAGAGUAAGAAAAAAAACAGGGGGAAAACAGAGGAAAACAGGGGAGAAAGAGAGUUUGGGCGCUCUGCUUCAGCCGCAAGAGAAAAAAAGAGAGGGGAAAAGGCAGAGCUUUUUGCUUGUUUCCAAUAUAAGGUAGCCGUCGAUUGAUUGAUCGCCUUCUUCUAUAGCUACUAAGGUUAUCAAACUUCUGGGUGUAUUUUGUACAGUGGGGAAUCAUUAUGUUAACACAAUUUCUAAGAGGAGUCUCUUCUUCUUCUUCUCCCGUUUAGCUAUCUUUGCCCAUUUUUGCUGGCUUUUGCUGCAUUUUCUUUUUCAUUAUCAUGCCUUGAAGUUGACAUACACUUUCGUUCUAGGGUAAAUCUCUGAGACUAUUGAUGCAGACUAAUAUGUUCCAAAUGUCCCAUAGGCAUGGCAAGAAAUUGAGAAAAGCUUGGAACUUUUUCCAUUUCUGGGUAUAACCCAGCUGCUUAAACGUUUAGUUUUUGCAAAACCAGAAAAGGGUUGGUAACAAAAUCUCGUUCCAAUAAGGUUUUGCAGAAGUCAAUGUAUUUCCUAACCAAUUACAGCUAAUGUGCAUUCCUACAAUUAUAAACUCCACUAUAAAAUAUGGUGGUGGCACCUUAGUUUAGGAUUUCCGUUAUUUCCUAUGCCCUGUUUUUUGGAGCAAUUAAGAAACAUUACUUUGGUACAGUUUGUUGAGGUGGUUGACGUGGGAGAGAGAUUUUUAGAACCUGGGGCUGGGGCUCCAUUACUGAUAUAAAAACCCAACGAUAUCAUGGACGUAUCUUAAGUUUUUUUCCCAUAUUAAAAUUGGCGGUGAACAAGAAGAGUAGAAAAAGGUAAAAAUGUUCAAUGAAAGCUCAACUUCCCCAUACAGGCCACCAUCAGAAGAAAGCCACUUAAUGUAGAUGACUAACAGAUUAUCAAAUCUAUUUAAGGUAAUGUCAUGGUAAUGGUUGAAACUUUGAGAAACACAGGAUGAAGAAUCUGUUAUUUAAGGUCAGUGUUGGUGAGGUUCAAAACAAAGCUUUAUGCAAAGCUGUCUUAUUAGGGCAUAUGAGUUUACGGAGUUGCGAUUUGAAGGGGAUGCUAAGGUGAUUAUUGAUAAGGUCAAUCAAUCGGAUACCAGGGGUAGCUUGAUAGGGGUGCUUCUUGAAUCUUGAGGAGGUUGGGCGAUGCUUGGAGCUUCAGAAUGAGUUCUCUAUGCGAUUUGUAGGGCGGAGUAGUAAUAGGGUAGCUCACUUGGUGGCUAAGAAGGUCCUUCAAUUGUUUCCGACUACGAGUCGUUUGUUUGAUUUUAUGGUUUGGUUAAAUUUCAGGAUGUAACUAUCUUCGCUUCAUAUUAAAUUUUGUAAAAAAAAAAAGUAUUAUUAGAGCUAAAAUGAUUCUUGACAUUCCAGUAUGAUAGUAAUUGUGUUUGAAUUACUACCAUUCUCAAUACUAAUUUUGUAUUUACUUAGAAGUCUAGAGAACCUCUAUAAAUUUGAGAAUGAAAGUGAAUGACCAUAAACUUAUAAGCUCGUUGAAGUUUGAUCAAAUGAUAAUUAUAUAAUGGUAUUAGAUUACAACACGGAUAAUUGAUUUUGAAUUAAAUAACUUUGAGAGUUUCAAGCGUGACUUUUGUAAAUAUAUUUCGAAAAUGAGUUACAAAAAAAUUGAUAUGAAAUUAAGAGCCAAAUCGUCCAGUAACUAAAAUUAAUGCAAGAGAUCCGAAACCCACAACCUUAUUAAUAACAUAAUAUAUGUUGUUAAUAUCAAGGUGACAUGGUUCCCAAGUUAUUUGGAAACAAUUAAAAAAAGAAAUUAUUUUGAGAUACUUAUCGACCUAUUGUAGUAUUGCCACCUAUGUAAAACCUUGUUUUUCAUAAGCUUAAAAUGAUUCAUUGUUGCUAGUUUUCAACCAUGAAAUAUAAAUGCUAAAGUGCCCUCUUUACCAGGGAUUGAGAAUAAUAAGUAACAAUAAUGAUG